UGGAGUGCGCACGCGCAGGCCGUCCUGCUCUCGAGACGGUCGCUGGGGGACAGCAGUUGAGAUCGGCGGAUGACGUGAAUUCGGGGAUUAAGUGGCGGUGUGCACGAGUGGGAACCUCGCUGGAGCGCAGUCUGCCGUGAGGGAACCGCAACCAGGACUCGAGCCAGCGCGGUCCGAACGGAACGGUCGCGUCACGCAGCGAGCGAGCGAGCGACACAACCAGGGAGGGCCCAGGGGCCACACACACGACACGAACUGGGCGGCCGCCGGGCCCCCGGGUCCCUCCUCUCGCUCUCUCGCUCUCUCUCUCUCUCUCUCGCUCUCUCUCUCUCUCUCGCUCUCUCUCUCUCUCUCUCUGCCUGGGCCGAGGAGGCUCCUCGCUCUCCCCGGCGUGAUCAUCAUGAUGAUGAACUUCCUGCGCAACCGCCUGGUGGUUCUGGCCCUGGUGCUGCUGGCCACCGUGCUCUUGUACCUGCUGCUGCCCGCCAUCCGCCAGGGCGCCAUGGAGCCGUCGCCGGACGCGCAGCGCCUCAGCAGCCGGACGCAGCAGCUGGGGGGUGCGCAGCCGGGCUCUCCUCCUCCGGCCCCUCCGCAGCUGGCCGCCCUCAACGUGACGGUGCGCACCGGGCAGCUGGCCGGGGACCCGCCGCUCUUCUUCCGGGAGGCGCUGCCCGUGGACGCGGCGGGGAGACAGAUCCUGCCCAGGCUGCAGGUGGUGCUCCUGCACGGCCAGGCUUUCACCUCCAAAAACUGGGAGGAGCUGGGAACGUUGGCGCUGCUGGCCACCCACGGCUACCAGGCCCUGGCGCUGGAUCUGCCUGGUUUCGGGAACUCGCCGGACUCUGAUGCGCUGAAGACCGACCAACAUCGGGUGGCGCUGCUGCAGCACUUCCUUGACGCUCUGGGCGUGAGGGCUCCGGUGCUGCUCAGCCCCUCCAUGAGCGGGCGCUUCUCUCUGCCGUUUCUGGUGCAGCACGGUGACCAGCUGCGUGGCUUCGUCCCUAUCGCGCCCGUGGGGACACGCAGCUUCUCCCCACAGCAGUACCAGGCCAUCCAGACUCCGACACUGAUUGUGUAUGGAGAGCAGGACACGAACCUGGGUGCGCAGUCCUACAAGAGUCUGAGCCAGCUGCCGCGGAGCUCGGCCGUGCGCCUAGAGGGGGCGCGCCACGCCUGCUACCUGGACAAGCCACGCGAGUUCCACGAGGCCUUGCUGGAUUUCCUCAGCAAGGUGCAGUGACGGGCAGUGCUGGCCUGGGUACGACACCUCUGGACUUCAUGGGCGGACAUGUGAGGACGGUGAGCCUCGAGCCAGGGAAUUCUGGGAAUUGGGGGAAAGAACGAGACUUUGUGCUUUGGGCUGCUUGGUGCGCUCGAGCAGUCCCUCAUCCUGCGUCACAUUGACAGCGACAGGAACGAGGCAGCGUUAGGUCUGUGCUCCUGCUUGGAUGUGAACAGUUCUGCAGUCUUUCCCUCCACCUGUGCUGUGCGUUCAGCUUCAUGUCAACCGUCGAGGUCACAGUAAAACCGCAAAUGCUGUCCUAAAGGAAUUUAUUUGUGCUUAUUGUGCUUUGAAUUUGUUCCAGAAAUAAUAGAGAAUUGCUGUAAAAAAACAGUGCACUACCCUAACCCCAAGGGUAGAAAAGAAUGACCGUUUGAAGGCUUUCCUCUAGUUGCACUUUUACCCAGAGCUGUUGAAAUCGUUUAAGCUGAGUUCAUUAAUCAAAUAAUUGUUCAGAAAUGGUUUCUGUUGUGAGACAUCAGUAUAUUCUAAUUGUGUGAUCACUGUUUUCAUUGCAUGUAUUUAUUUUCCAUAAUUGGUAUCUACUAGUAAAUUAUUUUUGUUACUUUUGCUGUACUAUUGUUUUUUUCAUUAAUUUAAUCCUGUAAAUAUUCACCUGUGACUUUGUCUACCAGUCAGACACUCGAUCAUUUUCAUCCAAAAGCUCAUCUCAAGUCCUGGUGAUGAGUGGUGACUGGCUGCACUCUCCUCUUUGUCUGGUAAUGGUUCCUCUGCAGUAACUAGUUCACUCCAUGGAUACAAUAAAGGUGAAAAAGACUAGUUUGGUGUCAUGUUCAGUUGUCUGUCUGCCCGCCCGCCCCCCUGUUCACUGAAUAGCCCAAUUCAAGUCACUGUGCAAGUAGAAACACUAAACUGAAGAACCUCUACCACAGUAAUGUACACUGGUUCAUGUGGUGGUAUGUGACAAAUUUACUUACCUCUAGGAUCAUGUGUCUGCAUGCAGAUCUUUCUGUUGGUGUAAUGCACCUUUUGUAUUAUUCUCAGAGAUGUAUGUCUGGUAAU